AUGCCAAUAGCAAAAUGCCUGAAGGAUUGCAAAAGAGGAGCUGUAUUUUGCAUGCUAUUUGCUUCCAUCUGCAGAGCCAUUUCCAGACAGAUUCAUUACUCCAUUCCUGAGGAAACCGAGAAAGGCUCUUUGGUGGGGAACAUUGCAAAGGAUCUGGGACUGGAUGCAAAAGACCUUUCAGACCGUGGGAUCCACCUUGUGUCCCAAGGAAGGAGUGAGUAUUUUGCUUUGAAUUAUAAGAAUGGCUAUUUGUACACCACAAAGAGAAUAGACAGGGAAGAGAUCUGUGGUUGGCAGGAGACAUGCAUCUUGAAUGCUGAGGUUAUUGUUGGGGAUUCCAUGAAAGUCUAUGGAGUUGAAGUGGAAAUCAUGGAUAUUAAUGACCAUGCCCCCACUUUCCAGUUAGAAACACUAAUUAUUAAUAUUAGUGAGAACACAGCACUGGGGUCCCGAUUUCCCCUCUACGAAGCUCAAGAUCCUGAUUUUGGGAACAAUUCCCUACAGGGCUACAAACUCAGUAGCAAUUCUUAUUUUUCUCUCAGUGUGCAAAGAGCUGUAGAAGGCAGACACUAUACAGAACUAGUGCUAGAGAGGCCUUUGGACCGAGAGGAUCAAGCCGAUCACAACCUUGUUCUCAUGGCACAUGAUGGGGGAGAUCCUGUCAGAAGUGGCACUGCAAAGAUUCAUGUGGUAGUUCUGGAUGCUAAUGACAAUGCACCUAUUUUUAGCCAGCGUGUCUAUAAAGUGAAUAUUAAGGAAGAUACUCCUGUCAGUACCAUGGUGGUUGCAUUAACAGCUAGUGACAGGGAUCAAGGAACGAACAAAGAAAUAAAAUAUUCAUUACGAAAAAUCUCAUCAAUAGCUUCCCAAAUAUUCCAUUUAGAUUCAAACUCAGGUGAAAUAACUCUUGUUGGGAAUGUGGACUUUGAAGAGACUCCAUUUCAUGAAAUGGAGGUCCAAGUCCAAGAUGGCGGAGGACUGUUGGACAGCGCAACCCUCAUGAUAAUUAUUACUGAUGUAAAUGAUAAUGCACCAGAACUAGCAAUAACGUCUGUCAUCAACUCUGUCCCUGAAGAUUCUCCAGCAGGGACUUCAGUAGCUCUUUUAAAGGUUCAAGACAAAGAUUCAGCAGAGAAUGCAGAAGUCACUUGCUCUGUUCCAGACAACCUCCCCUUCCUACUGACAAAAUCUUAUGAUAAGUACUAUAGUUUGGUUACCUCCAAAACCCUGGAUAGGGAACAGGUAGCCAUCUAUAACAUCACGGUCACAGCGAUGGACCAUGGCACGCCUCCACUUUCUGCAUCUAUUACCAUUCCCCUCAGGAUCUUAGAUACCAACGACAACCCUCCCUUCUUCCCAGAAACUGUUUAUACUUCUUAUAUAAUGGAGAAUAAUCCAAGAGGGGCCUCCAUAUUUUCCCUGAAGGCAGAUGAUCCAGAUUGGGGGGAGAACUCCAGAAUAACAUACUCCAUUGUUGAAGAAGGUGUCAAGGACUCCCAGCUCUCCUCAUGCCUUUCAGUUAACUCUGAGACUGGUGUUAUUUAUGCCCUGCGUUCCUUUGAUUAUGAAGAGUUCCAGCAGAUUGGCUUCCUGGUCAAGGCCCAAGAUGGAGGAUCCCCUUCACUCAGCACCAAAGUCUCAGUGACUCUCUUCAUCUUGGAUCAGAAUGACAAUGCCCCCCAAAUCUUAUACCCUUCUGUCCCCACCGAUGGCUCCACUGGAGUAGAGUUGGCCCCUCACUCCUCAGAGCCUGGAUAUCUAGUCACAAAGGUGGUGGCAGUGGAUGCAGACUCUGGCCAGAAUGCCUGGCUCUCCUAUCAGCUACUCAAGGCCACAGAGCCAGGGCUGUUCUCCAUAGGACUCCACACUGGAGAGAUCAGGACAGCCCGCUUCUUUCUGGACAAGGAUGCUCUCAGGCAAAGCCUGGUGGUUUUAGUGAAGGACAAUGGGCAACCCCCUCUUUCUGCCUCAGUCACGGUCACUGUGGUGCUGGCCGACAGCAUCCCUGAAAGCCUCUCUGAUAUUAGCAGCAUCUCAGCUCCUGCAGACCCCCAGUCGGACCUCACCUUCUACCUGGUGGUUGCUGUGGCUUUUGUCUCCUGCUUGUUUUUCACCUUCCUCCUUGUGUUGCUGGCACUCAGACUUCACAGAUGGAGGAAUUCUCAGUUAUGUGAUUCUGGUAGUGUGACUUUUACUGGAGUUCCAGUUUCACAGUUUAUGGGGAUUGAUGGAGUCCAAGCUUUUCUUCACUCCUACUGUCAUGACUUCUCUCUCACCACGGACUCUCGGAAGAGAAAUUUUGGCUUUCCAAAGGGUAACUCCUCAAAUACUCUGCCCAGUCAACAGCCUUGUGUAACUCCUCAAAUAUUCUGCCCAGUCAACAGCCUUGUGAGAUGA